AUGGUCCGCAAAAAUGACCCGGGGACGUUGCUUAGGAACUCGGACAACAAGAUUCCUUCAAAGUCUGCUCUUAGGAGACUCGGAGCAAGUCUUUACACUUCGGACUUGGCCGAGCAUCAAUCCAAACUGGAGUUCUACGCCACCUCGAUCAGAGACGAGGUUGCUUUUCUCAUCGCACAAAGAAUUGAGGGACAAGCCGAAUCUGAAUCUUAUCCCCGGUCAGACACGCUCGUGAAGUCGGAGAGUAGGGCUAUUCCCGUUGUAGCGAGUAUUGAGAGUUAUAGCCCUCGACUCCUGCCAGUGGAUUACAUUACAGAAAAUGAUGAACCCGACUACGAUGAACCCGACUACGACGAACCCGACUACGACGAACCCGACUACGACGAAUCCGACAACGGUGAACCCGACAACGGUGAACCCGACAACGGUGAACCCGACAACGGUGAAUCCGACCAUGAUGAAGCAAGACAGGCGAUGGAGCUUGUCAUGAACUAUUUUCGACAUCAUCCCAGUGGCAUGGCGCCGCAAGAGUAUAUUACCUUUGGUAAAUUGAGGGAGCGUAUUGAGUUAACGAAAUUGGCGGGGAGGGAGAGAAAGGUUUAA